AUGGCCACGAGGAGCGCGACGCAGCAGGGCAGCAAGAAGAUCGUGGGCGUGUUGUACAAGGGCGGCGAGCACGCGGCGCAGAACCCCGACUUCGUGGGCUGCGUGGAGAACGCGCUGAGCAUCCGCGCCUGGCUCGAGUCGCAGGGCCACCACUACGUCGUCACCGACGACAAGGACGGCCCCGACUGCGAGCUGGAGAAGCACAUCGGGGACGCGCACGUGCUCAUCACCACGCCGUUCCAACAACCUGGAGCUGCUCCUCACGGCGGGGAUCGGCUCCGACCACGUCGACCUGCCGGCGGCCGCCGCCGCGGGGCUCACCGUCGCCGAGGUCACGGGCAGCAACACCGUGUCGGUGGCGGAGGACCAGCUGAUGCGCAUCCUCGUCCUCCUGCGCAACUUCCUGCCGGCGGCGGGGAGUGGGACCUCGCCGCCGUCGCGCACCGGGCCUACGACCUGCAGGGCAAGACGGUGGGCACCGUCGGCGCCGGCCGCAUCGGGAGGCUGCUGCUCCAGCGUCUCAAGCUCUUCGGCUGCACCCUGCUCUACCACGACCGGCUCCGCGUCGACGCCGCGCUGGAGGAGGAGCUCGGCUCCGCCUUCGAGGAGGAGCUGGACGCCAUGCUGCCCAAGUGCGACGUCGUCGUGCUCAACAUGCCGCUCACCGACAAGACAAAGGGCAUGUUCGACAAGGAGAAGAUCGGCAAGAUGAAGAGAGGCGUCAUCAUCGUGAACAACGCGCGUGGAGCCAUCAUGGACACGCAGGCGGUCGCGGAGGCCUGCAAAAGCGGGCACAUCGCCGGAUACGGCGGCGACGUGUGGUACCCGCAGCCGGCGCCCAAGGACCACCCGUGGAGGUACAUGCCCAACAACGCCAUGACCCCGCACAUUUCCGGCAGCACCAUCGACGCCCAGCUGAGGUACGCGGCCGGCGUGAAGGACAUGCUGGAGAGGUACUUCAAGGGGCAGGACUUCCCGGAGCCCAACUACAUUGUCAAGGAAGGCAAGCUCGCCAGCCAGUACCAGUGA